UUUCUUCUCCUUCUCUCUCAUUAGAGUGCUUGAAUGUGCAUUUGAUCGGUGUACUUGAGAUGGGUCUGUUCUUGAUUCUUCAGUUGUAUGUUUGUUUGGUGAUGAGUGUGCUGCAAUUGGGUAGAUCAGAUGUUUUUGUACGGUUGGAUCGAGUUCCAGCACCUCGAACAAGAUUCUCUACCGCCAUUUUCCGGUACACCGUCGAAGGAACAGACGGUCGAAAUCCAUGCAGGAAUCAUGGUUGUUCUAUAUACUGUGAGAUUGACGGUCGGCCCUUGAAAUCAUGUCCCAUUCGUUCUAUUACAUUAAAGAACUUAACUGAAAAUCGCGAUCAUUGUUUUCUUCUCAACGUCACAACCUCAGCGGGAGAGAGAAAUUCAUCAGCUUAUAAGUGGUACAUUGAUACGAUACCACCAACUGCAUCUGUAAUUAGCAAAGCUAGCUUUACGAAUGCUGCAAAUGUCACUGUCGAGAUAGCAUUCAGUGAGGCUUGCACUGGUCAAGGUGGUUUCAAGUGUGAAAAUGCUUCCAGCUGUGAUGUCAUGGUUAAUGGACCAGCUACUGUAGAUGCAUCUACGCUGAAAAUGCUUCAAACCAAUAUCAAAUAUAGUGUGGUCGUUGAUCUCUCCAUGAGCAGCAUAUACGGCCGUGUGGUAGUUAAAAUGGCUGAGAAGUUUUGUGCAGAUCAGGCGGGAAAUCUAUUCAAAAGGACAAACAGGUCGAUCGCAGUCGUCCGUUUUGAUAGAAGACCGGUACAUGCCGAUAUGUGGACACUGGUUCCAGCCUAUGAACUAGAGAUCGGCAAGAUGCUACGGACUGUUUUCGCAACGAAUAAAACAGAGGACUUGGAAAUUUUCUUGGAAUUCAGUGAUCCUGUUGUGAACUCAACAAAAGACAUCCUUAGUGUGUUGCAUGCAAAUGUGGGUAAUCUUGUACCUAUUCAUAGUGGAAUUCAUGGCGUCCGGCGAUUCGGUUUCAAACUCCAAAAUGUGUCUGGGACAGAGAUCAUCACAAUUAAACUCCAAUCGAAUUCUCUUAUCGGACGGUCGGGAACUGUCGUCUCUCCUGUCGCACCAAUCAUAUUCCUCUAUGAUUCUAUGAAGCCUAGUGUAAGGCUAAGCAGUGGCUCUCGAAGGGUUACAAAGGAGUCCAACAUCAAUGUGAUAGUUGAAUUUACAAAGCCGGUCUUUGGGUUCGAUGCGUCUGCGAUAGAGGUUGAUGGGGGCAGACUUGCAAGAUUUAAAGAGCUCUCGAGAGCUCUAUACUCAUUGACUGUUUCAGAUGUAUCUCAGAGUGUGGUUUCAGUUCUUGUUCCAGACGGCAAAGCAAGCGAUAUCGCUGGAAAUCUAAAUUCCGCUUCAAACCAAUUGGAAUUGCAUGUAGAUUCAGUGCCUGCUAUCUCAGUUGCAUUGCACUCGUUUGUGACGGCCGGACUAUUAGCAACGUCGUUAGCAGCUGCUGUUCUUGCACUCUCCUCAGCAAACCUUGCGGCAAUAGGGGGUUUAACUAGUGGGGCCACCAACAUUGCUAUCUCAGAUCCUUCAAGAAAUAUUUUGGGAACGUUUGGACACUUACAGGUGUUUGUCUUCUCAGAUUGGAUUUCAGUUAGCCUGCCCAUAGAAUAUUCUGAGACGAUAAAAGGCCUCCGGUGGCUUAUUCCUCGCGAAAAGCUUCCUUGGAAGCAUGAAGACACACAUGUCUGGCCCACCUACCCUUCAUACGAAGGUCCCACUAAACCGUCAAUGAGAUACAAAGGCUUGUUUGGAGAAUUCUCCCGCAAUCCAAAAGGACUGCAAUAUGCAUCUAGCUUAGAUUCAAGCUGCAUUACCUCAUUGUUUAAACAACAGAUGCCAACAGCAUCCGAUGGAACAACAUUGCCGAUCUUUCAGAAGCAUUACAGAUGUCCAGGACAGCCAGCUGAGGUACUUACAUCCUCCUACGCAGAUCCUUGUAAAUCUGAGAUUGGUGGGCUCCACAGACAAAAGAACGUAAGCAUGAAAGACACCCCUUAUGGACUACCUCUGGAUUCUGCUGAAUAUUUCAUUUACUUCUUGAGAGGAGAGCCAUUGUCCGCAGCUAAUGUUGUCAAAAGCAUGGAGAAUCAUACAGGAUGGGAGGACUUCAAGAUGAACAUGUUCUGGCUUGGAGUGGCGAGCGGGGGCUUACUUACAAUGCACUUGCUGGUGCUAGUCUUUCUAAGAUGGAGGACAGGAACAUCAGUUCAUGGGAUACUCUCAGUUCCAAGAUUCGAGCUUUUCCUUCUGAUUCUCAUGCUUCCUUGUAUGUGCCAAUCGUCCGCAUUUGUCAUUCGAGGUGGAACGACAGAAGGGAUCAUCGCUGGUUCUUUGCUGCUAGCUGUUCCCGCCGCACUUCUCUUGUCAGUAUGCCUCUUCCUGAUAGUGGCAAUAUUCAUGGGUAGUUUUGUUCAAUACAAAGAAGUAAAGCGGGCUGAUGCAAACGAUCCAUGGCACACCAAGCUGUUGUUUUUCUUCACGGGGAAGCCCACCAUAGGAAAAUGGUUCCAUUGGGAAGGCCUGCCACCAUCUUUCCUUCCAAGAUUCGGAAUCUUGUUUGAGGACCGGAAAGGCCCGCCAGUAUUCAUAUCAGUCGAUAGGAAUGAUCCAAGCAGCACUCCAGAGUGGACCAACAGCGGCCAAAGCGGUAUUGGAAGAAUGCGGGCCAUAAUCUCAGAUGAUGGCCAGGGAGAAGCCAAAAUACCCACGUCUGGAAGGCUUCUCGGGUGCGCUAGAUCGGCCUAUCUCAUUCUUGAUCUUCUCCGAAAGGUGGGUUUGGGUAUCAUAUCUGGGGCCUACUCAUCAACAGAUCAAUCACAUGGCCAAAGCCAAUGCAUCAUCGCUCUUGGCAUCACAUCAGUGCAGUUCUUGUAUCUGUUUUUUCUCAAACCAUAUAUAAGGACGGGAGUGCAGGUGACGGAGGGUGCAUCUCUUCUAUGUGAGGCAGCCAUCUUCGUGCUUUCUUUUUACAACAAUCGAUGGAAUGGAUUUAAGUAUGAGAAGAGCAUGGGCCGAGUGAUGCUGGCCCUCCUUUUCACUAGCUUUGCCUGUCAGCUUGUGAAUGAAUGGUAUGCUCUGAUCAAUUGCCUGCUGAGACUACCACAAUCUCAGAAUCCUUCUUUCAAGCUUGGAUUGAAAUGGGUAGCAAAAGGCCUGAUCCUUCCUUUCCUUCCUCGAAAACAUUGGUCUAGACUUGUGCCCAAAUCGUCACAACCCAAAACAGGCCUAGCUCCAGUGGUUCCACUAUGUCCAGAAACAGAACUGGAAAGAAGAGAUAUGGGCGGGCCACGGGUCGACCCUUUAAGUGCCAUGACCGCGACAGUGGUUCCCAUGUACAGUCCUCGUUCGUCCCCAAUUACCGAUCAACAAGCAAUGACAGCUUCUGCUAGUGCACAAGCUGCAGUAGAGAUUAAUGUAGGAUCAUCAUCACAAAGUGAGCUUCCGCCAAUCCAAAGGAGGAGAUCAAGGUCUGGAGAAGGGAAGCAACUCAAGGGACUGAAAGAGUCAAAGGCUGAGUUGAAGAUGUUACAGGAGAUGGCAAAAGCUAGUUUCUCAGGUGGUAGAAGGCGUGGUAAGCAGCCCAGUACUAGCUAUUCACCAAGAGAGCAGUGUAGCUCGGAUGAAUCGUCUGCUGAUGAUUCUGAGGAUUACUUCCCAAGGAACAUGAACUGAAACUUGAACCCAAUUCAAGUGGACCCAUGUAGUUGAUCUUUGGUAGGUUUAAAUUGCAAUCUCUUGAAGACCAACAUGAAGGCAAGCAGUGAGCCAGCACUAUGAGAAACUACAUAACCAGAUUGGAGUUGUACGGGAGCUAACUAAAGCGACGAAUGGGGUGCGAUAAUCCAUUGUUUGGAAUCAACAUGGCUUUGUUGUGAGAGAUUUUGGGCUUGUCAUAACUACUUUGUCUAUAAGUGACAAACAGGGUGCGAUAAUCCGCUGUUUGGAAUCAAUGUGGCCUUUUGGGGAGAGAUUUUGGGGUUGUUGUAACCACUAACUUUCUCUAGAAGUUUGUUCGGUGUACAUGUAUUUUGAUUCACUAUAAGUUAACUUCGAGAGAGCAGAAAUUGAUGGUUGAGAAUAA